CUGGGAUAGUUGUGCACUGUGCAUGUAAAUCUGUGCACUGAUCUCUCCUCUCCAGCAUCCUCCCUGCCUCUCUGCUCAUCACAUGCCUGGAUCCUCUGCAGCACAGAGCUGGGCUUCACCCUCCAGGACACAUCUGCUUGCUACCUGCAGCCACGUCUGCUGCACACUCAUCUGGGGUCGGAGUGCCUUUAAGGCUGGAGCGGCGUAGCAAAGCCCAAGUGAGAAGGAUGAAGUAAGUCAGCAGGAGGAGCAGGUGUCUGGGCGGUGCAGCCACAUUCCCUUAUUUCCAUUCUCUCUUUCCAGCCUCUUGUCUUUUCAUUCUUUCUUCCAGCAGAAGGAGCUACUUGUCUGAUCCCAGGCAGAGGAGAGAGGCACGCUGCCUGUGUUUGUAUACACUGCACUGUCUUCUGCUUGUCCUCACUACUCGGAUGUAAAAAAAAAAAAUCGCACAACAGUCGCAGUAGUGUGCACUGGUGACCAGUGACUUCUGUGAUCAGCCCCUGUGAAUGUUGGGGGCAGGAAUAAUAUAGAAGAAGCAGCUGUACCUUCUUUUGCACAGGACUUGGGCUUCAUUGGAGGGAUCUUUAUCUUUAAACAUGAUCUUUAAGGAGGUGACCAGCCUCCUGCUGAGUGUCAGCUUCUGGGUACCACUCCUGGUUAAAGGAGACGUGUGUGAACCCAACCCAUGUGAAAAUGGAGGAAUCUGUUUGUCUGGUUUAUCUGAGGAAACCUAUACAUGCGAAUGCCCAAUUGGCUUCAAUGAUCCCAACUGUUCUAGUGUUGUGGAGGUUGAUCCUUGUCAUCCAAACCCCUGCCAUAAUGGUGGAUUCUGUGAAAUCAGUGAAGCAUAUCGUGGAGACACAUUUAUUGGAUAUGUCUGCAAAUGCCCUCAUGGCUUUAAUGGAAUCCACUGCCAACAUAAUGUAAAUGAAUGUGAAAGGGAUCCAUGUCGGAAUGGUGGAAUUUGCACCGACCUGGUGGCCAACUACUCAUGUGAAUGCCCUGGAGAAUACAUGGGAAGGAACUGUCAGUACAGAUGCUCUGGACCUCUCGGGAUGGAAGGAGGGAUCAUUUCCAACCAGCAAAUAACAGCAUCCUCCACCCACAGGGCUCUUUUUGGAUUACAAAAGUGGUACCCAUAUUUUGCAAGACUUAAUAAAAAAGGUCUUGUAAAUGCUUGGACUUCAGCAGAAAAUGACCGAUGGCCUUGGAUCCAGAUAAACCUACAGAGAAAAAUGAGAGUCACUGGUGUUAUUACGCAAGGAGCAAAAAGAAUAGGAAGCCCAGAAUAUAUAAAAUCAUACAAGAUUGCAUAUAGUGAUGAUGGAAAAACGUGGUCAACAUAUAAAAUAAAAAGAACCAGUGAAGACAUGGUGUUUCGAGGAAAUGUUGACAACAACACACCUUAUGCCAAUUCUUUUACUCCACCCAUUGAAGCCCAGUACAUUCGCCUGUAUCCGCAGGUGUGCAGACGCCAUUGUACCUUGAGGAUGGAACUUCUUGGAUGUGAACUAUCAGGCUGCUCGGAACCACUAGGAAUGAAAUCAGGACAUAUACAAGAUUACCAAAUCACAGCCUCCAGCGUUUUCAGAACGUUAAACAUGGACAUGUUCACUUGGGAGUCCAGAAAAGCUCGGCUGGAUAAACAAGGCAAGGUGAAUGCUUGGACUUCUGGAAGAAGUGAUCAAUCCCAAUGGUUACAGGUGGAUCUUCUUCGUCCUACAAAGGUCACUGGGAUUAUUACGCAAGGAGCUAAAGAUUUUGGCCAUGUGCAGUUUGUAGGCUCUUACAAGCUUGCUUUCAGUAAUAAUGGAGAACACUGGACUGUGUAUCAAGAUGAAAAACAAAGAAAAGACAAGGUUUUUCAAGGAAAUUUUGACAAUGACACACACAGAAAGAACGUUAUUGAUCCACUGAUCUAUGCAAGAUUUAUAAGGAUCCUACCCUGGUCAUGGUAUGGCCGGAUCACAUUAAGAGCUGAGCUUCUAGGUUGCACUGAAGAGGACUGAAAGCUUUCAUCAGCUGACUAUUCAACACAAAAAAUAAAUCAUCAUUUGAAUAUUUUCAAAACUGUGCAAAACCUGAAAGAAAAAAAAUGGAUGGAUUUUCAUUUGAACAAGUGCUCACUUUUUUGGUAGGCUGGUAACUGUUUUUGCAAGGUAGUCUGUGCCUGCCCUUAAAAUGAUCCCACCAGUAAAUAUCCUUUAAAUACUGUCCCUUUGUAUUGAAAUGUUUUUGUUUUCUUCUACGUUGUUCACACUGGUUGAAAUACAUUGGGGAGAGAGGCAGCAUCAUUUCAGCUAUUUUUGUUUCCUUUUACAUGUCUAUAUUUUUUUAUGAGCAAAAGAAAAUGCAAUUAUAGGGAUUUUCGCCUGAGCUAAAGAAAUCGCCAACCAAAAUUUGUUUUUAUAUCUACUUUCCACCUUUAAACCCGAUGCUGCAGAGUAGCAAUAAGAUGUCUCUGGGAUGACUGCAUUAUCCUAAUUGCUUCCCUUGUGCCUAUCAAAAUAUUAAUAUUUACAUCUCAGAUUUUAGAAAUCCAUUUGAUUUACACCUGUGAAAUUACAAACUUUCAAUAACAUAUUUUCCUCUUAAUUUCAUUCCUAUUGUGCAUGUUCUUGAGGCAUGUUAUUACUUGUGUUGGAUACAUUUUCUUCCUCAAUGACCUGAAUACUAAAUGUGUGCAAAGACUGGAAUUUCUUUUUCUGCAUGUCAUAAAAGUAACAAUACAUCAAUAUCUUAUCCCUUUUCCAUUUAUUACAUAGAAUACACUAACGUCCAAGAUUAUUAUAUUAGCAAAUCUCUUCUGAAUUUGCCCCAAGGCAUUAUAUUUCUCUGCAAAUUCUUUUUUUUAUGCAUAAGAACAGUACUAAAAAGUUUUACUUAGUAAGCAGAAUUGCAUAUGCAUACAGUAUAUAUCUAUAUAUUAAUAUAAAAAAUAUAUAUUUAGUUUAAUCUGAAUUAUUUUAGGUCCAUACAGUAGCAUGGAGGGAGAUAAUAUUGAUAGGCUUGUACACAUAAUACAUUUCAUGUGUCAAUAGGCGUGUCUUCUAGUUUACAGUUUGUUAAACAUAGUCUUUCUACAUAAGAAAAGAAAAGCAAGUAUAUUGUAUUGAUAACAUACAACUUAGUUUUUCGUUUGUUUUUUUCAAUUGUGGACUGAAAUAUGUGUAUGUGAAGAAGAAAAUAUAGUUUUUUUUGUUGGUAACACCAAUUGAUAAAGAGUGUGAUAAUGUGGUGGUACAGUAUCUGCUCAACUUGUUCUGGUUACUUGAAUGUUUGAACAAUUUAAGUUAAGUGUUCACACCCCAUAUUCCAUUUUAAUAUGACUAAUUUACUUACAUCAGUUCAGAUCUCAAAUUAACUCGAUAUGUAUAAUAAAAUUCCUAAAGUAUAUUACGAUGAGGCCAAGGGCACAGACAAAGGGGAUGCUAAGGUAGAUGUCACAUCUAAGGCUUGGUGUUUAGUGGGGCACUAAGUCCUUUCCGAUAGAUAAGAAGGCACCUGUGUUAUAAAUGGCACAUGAUCAGUGAGGGGCCCUGUUAUAGAUGUUGGAUUGGAGUCUAUCAGGUUCAACUUAUGACUCUGGGCUAUUCAGUAGACAAAGAGUAGAUAUCGUGAGGACUUACAGACCAUAAAAAAUUUGUGUUAGACAAUAAUAUUAUUAAUAAUAAUAAUACAUAAAAUAGUCUAAUGUGAAAAGCUUAGACUAAUAUCGCUCUUCAGGUUUCUCUUCUGGUCUUGGCAGGUUGAAGAAUAAAUGGGGUUUUAAUACUUCUAAACUGAUCUCCCUGAUUUUAUCCAAGAAAAAAAAAAAAUGGAGAUCAUAAGAUCCAUGUUUUACAAUGUUUAGUUUUAAUUGUGCUACAUAUCUAAUACCACUAGAUGUCAAUGUCCUGUCUGUCUGUAUAAUGUCCUUCAAAAAUGUAUAUUGUGUAUGAUGUUGUAUUCAACCUUGGUGAACAAUAUUAAAGAGAAAGUCAAACAUAACAAUGACCCUUGGUUGUAAAAUAAUUAUUUAAAAACACUGCCCACACUUUGCACUUUAUGACGUAGCAUUUGUUCAAAAUAUCUAGAUUUUUAUUAUCUUUUCAUUCAUUGUGCUCGUUAAAUUAUUGCUAUGUUUAAGUAAUGUG